AACAAACUGAUAUAGCCAGUUUUCCUAUUUCUUUCUACAUUUAGAAAAAACAAAAACUUACAGCCACUUGUUGCAUGUAAGCUAUUAAUAAAAAUCUAAUACAGUACAGUAGCAAUACCGUAGAAGUGUAUGGAUAUUUCCUUACACCCUAUAGCGUCAGUUAACUCGUAAAAAAUGUCUUCAAGGCUGUAAAAGCAUCUCCUGUGCAUUACAAUGCUACACAGUAGAGACCCUGUUUGUUUUUGUGGGCCACUGUUGCUCGUAAACGGUUAAUUGUCAGCCGGUGAGUGACGACGCGUUUCGCCGUUGGCUCCUUCUGAAUCCUCCUCACGCGUGAGCGCGCGGCGGAAGACGGAGGAGCCUCCCUCUCGGCCUUCAGGAGGGGCUGAAGGUGACUCUCCUCUCGGCUGGGAUGCAGAGGAUGCUGCUGGGGCUCCGUCCGGCCCGCCACACGGUCCCGCUGCGGGAAUAACGACCUGCGAGGGGACUCACAACAUACACGAACCCCGCGAGCCUGCUGCGUUUAAGGACGUGGGGGGUGGCUCGUUUUCUUUUUAAUACAGGACUCAGCAGCUAUCAGAAAAGAGGGAGAGGAGGAGGUAUUUCUCUCUCUCUCUCUCUCUCUCUCUCUCUCUCUGUCUGCGUCUGGCUGGGCUCCGGUGGUGGGUGUGCAUGCAUGUGUUCUGCACCGUACGGGCGGAAAAAGCGCCCAAGGUCUGCGGGGAUCAUUUUUCCUAUCAAAGUGGCGCAGACCGAGCCGGAGCGUCGAGAGAGCACGGAGGGGGCCGUGGACGGCAGCAGGAUGACUGUCCAGGAAUUCAACACCCUCGUUGCGCUGUACCGGGAGCAGGUCAUUUCCGUCGGGGAGAUCUCAGCCGACUGUCCCUCUCUGCGGGCUCAGAUGCACCACACUCGGACCAAAGGAUGCUCCAUGGCCCGGGCUGCGCACCAGGACCUGGCUAUCAUCUCUGUAUCAGGUCCAGAGGACGGGGAGAUCCACCCUGAGAUCUGUCGGCUCUUCAUCCAGCUGCAGUGCUGCCUGGAGAUGUUCAUAACGGAGAUGCUCAAAUCCAUGUGCCUGCUGGGGGUGCUGCAGCUGCACAGAAAAAGAACGGACUCUGAGCCGAAGGUGGACUUCAGGAUGGAUGAGAGCUCAGACGUCCCCAUCCUGGAAGACCGAUCCUCCUCCCCCACUGACUUUCUGCAGGAGCAGUGGCUGGUGGGAACCGAUAUUGAAAACAUAGAGAGAGAUAUGCGAGAGAUGCGAAACCUCCUCAGCAAACUCAGGGACACCAUGCCAUUGCCACUGAAAAACCAAGAUGACAGCAGCUUGUUGAAUCUGACUCCACACCCACUGAUCAGACAGAGGAAGAGACGCUUCCCUGGACUCUGCUGCAUGGUGUCUGGCUAAGAGUCUGAAGGCAGCACAGUUCAAGCACACACAGGAAAGGACUUUUAUUUUAUCAUAUCUUGUGAUGUAUAUUAAGUAAGAAAUUCAUUAAUACUAUUUCAUCUAUUCUUUAUUUAGUUUCAGUUCUGUUCAUAUUAUCUGAAAUUAUAUCUUCCUUAAUGUUUACUUUGUUUUGCUGCUUGGUCAUUUGGUUUGGGUUUGGGCUGUUUUGUCACAUAAACCUUCAGGCUUAGAUUGAGUUUGGUUAUUUUCUAAUGUAUUUUUUCAGAAAUAUUUCAUACAAUGCCCAGAGGAGAGAGGGAAACAGUGAAGCAAAUAGUCGGUAAUGGAUAAAAUAAAAUAAAGCAGAAAUGUACAGCUCUUGAAUUUGUGAGUACCAUUUGGGUUCCGCUGGGUGGACCAUAAAAGACACAGGCAGGGGCCGACUUUGUGUAUCACUUUUAGGCACUUGCAGAAAACUUUUUAAGAUGAGGCAUCUUUGCAUUUUUUUUUCUUUUUUCUUACAUCUCCUUCCUUAUCUUUCUCUGUUGUACCACUUCAGAUAAUGAAAUAAUAUAUAAAACUUGUACAUAUUCAGGCUAUGCACUGGCAUUUUUAGUUUUCAGCUGUCUUGCUGUGCUUGUGUCACACCUUUAUGUCUGAAUGUGUCACAGUGUGAGGCAGUUUAGUCCCAACAACCUGCUGAUGUGUUGAUGUAUCAGAGCAUCAUUCAGUAGAGGUUCUUGCCAGGUGAGUCUCCACUUGGCUGUGUGCUGUGAAACCUCAUAGACGAAGCCAUUCAUCUACACUGUUAGGACGCAUAUGCUCGACUGACCUGUAAUUGUGACGGCUCUUUUCCUACAGGAAGAAAAGUAAAAUGUAAGAAAAUCCAUCCAUAAAGCUAAUUAAUGAUUAUAUCUCUCUAGCUGUUAUGUCUGUACAAAAACAAAAUGCUAAAACGACAAGUUGGAAGUAUAUUUUGUCGUUUUUACAUUUCAGAUUUUGUACAACCCGACGGUUCUCAAUUUAUUCAAAUGUGUAUGUGUGUGUUUAAUAAAAGUAAACUUCAUAGCAAAAUAAGUAAAAGCUGCUAGGAUACUUUGACAGAACUUUGCUUUUUGCAUUGAGGGAGGAUUUUUUUCUAAUCAUUUGGAACUGAAGAUCAGAUCAUCUAGAAUCGCCUGCUGACCAACACUUUAGUCCAUAGCUGGAAAACUUUGAAAACUAUUGGCUGUAUAUGGUGAUUUCAUGAAAUUUGGUGUGUAUAUUCACGGUCCUCAGAGGAUGAAUGCUAAUAAUUGUACCGACAUUACCAACAUCGACAGCCAUCAUCUUCCAUUUUCAAAAUAUAAAAAGAUAACAGUGAUAUCUUUCAAAUACCUAAGUGAGUGAACGUACUGCAAAAAACCCUUUGAUUUUACAACCUCAUGACCUUUCUUACACCACCCUCAGAACAGAUUUUGAGCAUAAAGUUGAAAGUAAUACUACUACGAGAUGCAAGAAAAAGUCAUGACAUUUAGAAAAUGAAGUUGUAAAUUCUGAGAUACUUCUUAUAAUGCUGUCAGUAAACAGGUGACGGUAUGUGAUCUAACCUACCCAGUCCACUCUCACUGCUGUCAAUAGCUGAAUCAUCAAUAUGUUGUUUUUUCUUACCAGCACUUCUGUUAUUUUGGGGUGUAAUGCUCGUUACUGCCUCUAGGGGACAAGAGAAGAACAUGUUCUACUUUCAGCUUGACUUUUCCAUCACGCAGGCUUUACCAAUGCUCCACACAGAAACAGCAGAAGUGAAAAAGCCACACACAGACACAAAGAAAUUGAAAUCCACUCACAAAGUUUUUAAUCUGAAGCAUAGAGUCAUUUUCCCACUGAGUGUAGUGUCAUUUGUAAAUUUGUGUUUGUGAAGAUUUUUUUUUUCUUCAAUGUAUUCUCAAAUGGUGAUGUCUAAAUUGCUGAAUUUUUUCUUUUGGCGUGUACAUGACUAAGAGUAGGCCAUGUGUAGUUAGUGUGUCCUGCAAUGUAGAGAAUUCACAGCUAGACCUAUGUACAGCUUUGGACAUUUUAUAAU